AUGUGUGUCGGCUUCUGGUGCCUUGAACAUCCCCGAUAUGCUCUCAUCAUGUGUAGCAACCGGGACGAGUACCUGUCUCGACCCACGUCAGAAGCCCACUUUCAUUCUUUCGAGAGCAGCGGAACUACCGACCCUGAGGGAGGUCUCGUCCUAUCAGGCCGAGAUUUGUUGGCUGGUGGGACGUGGGCAGGGAUUGGCCGUACCGGCAGAAUCGCAUUCCUCACCAAUAUCACAGAAAGCCCAAAGACAUACAACUCUUCCCGAGGCGACCUUACGUCUUCUUUCCUUUUGCAUAGGUUCCCUGGUAGAACUCUGGAGGAUGAAGUACACGCCAUUGUCUCCCGGAAUGGUGUCUUCGCAGGAUUCAAUCUCCUCCUGUCCACUCCCCUCUACACUCCAGACGCCGAUGGCAAACGAACGCUCUCACUAGAGGCUGCUUUUGUCACCAAUUCUGGUGGAGCUGGCACAAUCACGGCUCGCCAUCUAUCAGAUGAAGAGCGACGCUGCGGUGGAAUGUCGAACGGUAUUGAUCGUCACGGCGCGUCAGAAUGGACGAAGGUCAAGCACGGAACACGAAGCAUGCAGGACGUCUUGGAUUCUAUUACAGAAGAUACUACAGAAUCCGAGAUUGUUGAACAUUUAUUCGGGAUUUUGACUUGGAAGUGCAAUCCUUCUCCCUUGGAUCGCUCCGAGUUGCGGAACACGAUACAGGUGGAGCCUUUGGUGGUCGCGUCACCGGACAGCGCACAUUGCGAGUAUUACGGCACCCGUUUGUCUACCGUUAUCCUCAUUGGCAGAAACGGGAGCGUGUUGUUCGUCGAGCGCGAUGUGUGGGCAUUGGAUGCUGAGGGUAGACCUGUCAGAGCUGAUGCAGAGAAGCAGCGUGUUUUCCGCUUCCAAAUCGAAGAAUGCCCUCCAUAG